CGGUGGGCGGAGGAAGAGGAGGAGGAGGAGGAGGAGCAGGGAGGCUCCUGCCUUCUUCUUCCUCCAGGCCCACUUCAACAACUUCCAGAACCCUUCAGAACAAACUUUCCUCCCUGGUUCCGUGAAACCCAAACUACCGAACUUCGCGUCUCGGAGGGGGAAAAACACGCAGCGGAUCCCCGCGGAGCGCAGCGGGUCAGCGGCAUGUCGGGCAGGUCCGGGGCCGCCUGGAAGUGACUGCUAGGCGGGUUGGAGCUCCGGACGUCCCCCGCUGCUGGGGGAUGGAGGGAGAAAAAGAGGCUUCAGAGGAGGAGGAGGACCUUCAUCACAUCCCAGGUGACCACCAGGAGCUUCCCAUCAUGCACUGGGAGGAGCUGAACCAGCGGAUCUCUGAGCUGGAGGAGCAGGAGCAGGAGAGGAGGGAGAAGAGAAAGAACGGAGCUGAUGGUGCUGCGUGUCUGCAGAGGAGGACGGGGCUCAGGACGGAGGAGAAGCAGGGAGGAGACCGGAGGAACGUCUGCGAGGAAGAUGAGGAAGAUUCCCGGAGGAGUCGAGUCGCUGCUUCACGUUCCAGGUUGAACCACAGGAACCUGCAGCUGUGCUUCAUCAACAACAGUGACAGCGAGGAAGAGGAGGGGGCGGACAGAAAGGUUCCCAUGGGAGCAGGACACAAUGGUUGCCAUGGCGCUGGCUUGAAGCAGGAAGUGGCUGCAGCUCUGAGAGCGCUGAGAGACGAUCUGCUGGCAGAGCAGAAGGAGGAAGAGGAGGAGGUUGUGUUACUGAGUGGCCAGGCGGGCUGCAGCUGUGUCGCCCAGCGGGAACAUCUGGAGCGCUGGCAGCUGCAGGGUCGCUCUCUGCAGACGCUCCGCAGUCUGAAGGCGUCGCUGCAGCAGGAAGUUCACGCUCUGAGCUCUGAACUGGUGGCCCACCUGUUGGUCCGGGACCAGCUGAGGACCAAGCAGGACGCCAUGCUGCUGGACGUCCAGGACCUGACCUGAGCCAGAACCGGGAUCCGGGGCGAGCCUGUUCCGGGUCGGGACGGCGAGGGAAGAGUAAACGAUGAAAGCAGAACAGAGACGGAGCUCAUCUGCAGGAACAUGAAGGACAGAACCAUGACUCGGCGUUUCUGGACCAGCUCGUUAACUCAGGUGUGAGCGUCUUAAGCAGGGCGUGGCCUUGGCGUCCGGCAGCAGCAUCCUGGGAACGCCACGUUUCUACAGCUCCACAUGUGGAGCAGCUGUCUCUAAAACAUUUACUAAAGCAGAAACCUUAUUCAGCGUAAACGUUUUAUACAAGAUGUUAAAGACCAUUAUCAGCAGUUUCUUCUUUCUAACCUCAAACACAUCUUUUAAUGAACCGACUGAUGGCAAAUAUAGAAAUAUAUAUUCAUAUUUAUAUUUUAUUAUCGGUUAAAAACAGAGUUUUAUUAAAGCAGGGGGAAUAUUUUCUUCUAACAGCAGCUUUAUAUUCAGAUAUUUAGAUCAUUUCCCGGAUUAGUCUGAAUAAAAGCAUGUUUUCAGCGUAAGAAUUAACAGAAGGAAUGUUUUAUGAUGUGAAUUUAAAGGACCUGUUUCCACUGUGACUUUUUAAAAUGUAUUUUAUGAUGUAAAACAUGAUAACACGUGUUGGAAAGUUAAAAUCUUCUUAAAGAUGUUUGGAGGGAAAAUUAACUCUUCCUGUGUGAAUGUGUGUUUUUUAAAAUAACUUUUCUCAUUU